AUGCACGUCCUAAGGGAGGAGCAUCAGGCCAUGCUCGCUACGAUUGACUUUUUUCUGGGCGCGGCGGAACCGGCUGACAGUUCCAUUGAUUGGAGACACCAUGAACCCCCCGUGCUGACGCCGGUGAAGCACCAGCCUGGGGGCACCUGCUGGGCUUUCGUCGCGACGCAACAGGUCGAAUCGCUGGCUGUGAUCCAGCUCGGGAAGCCCCUGACAGAGCUGAGCACGCAUCAGGCGUGGUCGUGUGCAAGGGCGUAUAACGUGACACGUGGCACUCCUAUAGAGUGCUACUUGCAGAAUGCGUGGUACCUGGGGCCGUGCUAUCAAGACGGUUGGUUUUGCAAAUGCAUCCCCACCGGAGACUCGACCGACGCAAAUCCAGCGGUGGCGUGGGGCUAUAUGCAGCAUGUGGGCGGCCUGGCAACCGAAUCGGACAAUCCCAAGGAUGACAGCGACAAAAGCUGCACGGUACCGACGAAGCCAUUUGUAACCGUGGCAAACCUCCCAAAAACGCGGUGGGGUCACACCGUCAUCCAGCCCUCGACGCCGUGUCCUUGGACGUUUAAGCUUUUCUACAACUACGCGCAAUGCCACAGUAACGCCGAAAAGCAGCUUCGCGCUGCGAUCCAGUACUCCCCUGUCGCCAUUUCUAUGUCUACUCACAACAUCAGGAAGGCGAACCGGCCAAGCGGGGACAGGUCGCAGCGGUACCCAGUGCGAUAUAUCCUCAACCAGAGCGAUUGCGUUAAACAAGCGCCGAAUCACGUGCUCCAGCUGGUAGGUUACGAUGCCCCAGCGCAGCUCUGGAUCGUUCGAAAUUCCUGGGGCGACGGUUGGGCGGAUAACGGCUUUUUCUAUGUUCAGGCUGGCGCCCCGGAUUGCGGCCUGGCUCAACUCACGUUUAACACAAAGGCGGGGCUCACAUUCCGCGCCGGCCCGGAUCCAGACGGGUUCCAGGCCGCCAUUGUCGGCAUCGGCAAUGACGCAGGAGACCUCGACAGCCUCGCGGCGUCGAUUGCCAUCGCGGACUGGCAGCCAGUGGGAGGCUGCGGCGGUCGGCCGCUCUGGGUGCCGAUCGCGCCGUUUCCGCGCUCCGACUUUCGUCUGCGCCAGGAUGCGUGCCUCCUAUUCAAGCACAUUGGCUUCUCAUUCGACGGAGCGGGUGCGCCAGAGGCGCUGCUGCACCUCGACGAUGUGGACGCCGCGACCGCCCGCCGCUGGAGCGACGCCGGCGGGCUGGGCCUGGCGCUCGUGGACCACAACGCGUGCGUCCCAGGCGUGCGCUCGCUCCUCGGCGAUCGCGUCGUCGCCAUUCUGUUCGGGUACGGCAACUCGAAGGCGCCGUGGCCGAAGAGCGGAGCGAGUAUCUGGAAGAAGCCACGCUCGCUGCCGCCGCCGGGCGUCGACCUGUCGAGGAACCUCUCGGCCGCCUCGACAAAGCAGGCGCAGAACGCAGCCGGCGCCACCUCCUCGAGCAAGCGCAGGCCGAGGCCGCGCAUCCGCGCAGGCAGGCGAGCCCGCCGCGCGGUGAUGGCGUCGCCGAGCACGCCCUCGUAG